ACACAUCGGCGAAGCGGUGUAGUAGGCAAGCGCGCUGCGUAUUGCCGGGUGCGCGUACACUCCUACACUGGGAACUAGCGUCUAGUGGGAAAAAAAAAAAGGCGCGAAAGAACGAAACCGAAAAAGGCAACAAAACAAAAAAGCGAGUCGCGGCAUUAUCUCUCAUUGCGGACGAAAAGGCAAGCAUGAGGGGAGCACUGAAGUGGCGGCGGCCCCCGCUGAUAGCGUGAAUACGGCCGGCCGGGCGCGCGAGCACCGUUGAGUACGCGCAGACAAGGUGUUGGCCCGUCGUGCGGCUGCGUGUACUACACGAUUCGAGACGUCCUCGCAUGGUUGCCAGCCGUCGCGCUCGGCGUCGCUGCAACGGUCAUUUGAAUAUCGGAGCGUGUUGGAUGCGAUGUUCGCCAGCCGUUGCCUCUGCACCGCUGUCGCCGCGUCGGCGCGUCUAGAUUGAUUACAGCGCCCCUACCGCGGUGUAGUUCCGUGUUUGUGUGUGCUCCGUCCAGACGGAAGUAAUGCAGAGAAAAUGGAUUUCGGAAGGUAUUACAAAAGACGCCGAUCUCGAUGACUGCGCUAGAGCGGCCUCGCCUGCCUUCGAGAGGCCUGCGUUUCAAAGGCAGACGUCCGAGGUCAUCUCUGCCAUCGAUGAACCAACGGAGAACAUCAAUCUUAGCUGGAACGCACCUGAGUUCUACAAGAGGUUGAAGCGCUUUCGGAGGACUCAACUUGAAUAUGACACUUGGAACCCCAACCGCUGGGCCAGCUGUCCCGAGGUGGUCAACCCAUCGCCCCAGACACUGAUCACGCCGAAUCCCGGCGUGCGCUUCUACGUCGGCACGAGCCCUUCGGGCCAGAGCAUCAGCGAUGAGGACGAGGAGCAACGACACAAGACGUACCUCUACUACCUGCUCAGCACCACACGGAGCGCGAGCUCGGAAAUCCGCUUCCUGGACCUCUUCCAGGAGGCACAGGACAAUAUCCGCGCCCUUCCUCGGCAAGAGAGCAACUCGACGUUAGACGUGAUACUCUCCUCUCGGCAACAGCUGUCCUGCUCCCCUUCACAUUCCUCUGCCGCCGGCCAGCGAGCCUCUUGGUCCUCUGGCGGCGGUGACGAGUGCUUCAACCGGAAGCGGUUGGUGCUUUACGCCCAAGAAGAGACCGGGGCCGGUGAGGUGCUGCCUCAUGGUCACCAACACCAUGCCUACUCUCAGCCCGUCAGUCACGAAGGAUCGCGCGUGAGCGUGGCCACAAUCAGCGCGUCUGUAAGCGAGAAGGUGACGCUGCCGAGGAGGCUGUGCAAAGAUGCUCGCGACACCCGCAACGGCGGCGUGUGGUGCCGCGCGUACGACAAUCCGUGCUUCGUCGCAACGGGCAGCCCGAAGUCUUCGUUCCAGAACAAGGCUUCUGCAACUGUUCGCAGCUGUGUUAGCAAUGGCGAAACCCGCGUGGUGGCGCAACAGCCGUCACCCGUGCCGCCUUCCGAUGCGCUGUUUCAUCCGGACCGGAAGUGCAGUGUGUUCGACGCGCGAAGAUUGAACGCCAUUCUCCGUUACGUGUUCUGCUGCGACUGCUGCGUGUGGGAUGCGGGCCGCGCGCGUCGCCCGACGGAAUCCUAGGGGUGGCCGCGUCAGCGUGAGCUACGUACUCUAGGUAGGGCUUGUGAUAUGAUAAUACCGUGAGUUUUAAAUGUACGAACUGCCUCGCCAAUAGGCUGAAUGCGGAGUGAACAAUAGUUUGCACCACAUCGUUCGCCUUUUAUUAGACGUAUAAAUCGGACAGAUCUUGUCAACACGUCAGCCAAGGACUUUUCCAAAGAAUGUUUGUACAGUGAGAAAGUUUUUAGCGGUUAUUUAGAAUGUUUAGUAUUGACAUAAAACAAGACACCAAGUGCCUUUUAUUUCGCAUACGUGUCCAUGAACAAGAAGCCUUUUGUAGCCUUGUCGUCGUUGCACUCGCACGAAACGAAACUCAAUCUCUUCACUAUUCAAUUUUGUGAAGAGAAUAUUCUGGAAAUAUUCCUUGAAGCCGGUUUACUGAGCCAAAGUGAAAUGGGAAUACAGAGAUCUGUGCAGUUCUCGCUAGCUAGACAUCCCAUACUGAGAACAGCUUUUAUACCGCAAGCUUCAUUGAUGCCAUUUUGGUCCCUACAUCGACAAUGAACAGUUCUGAGCAGACGAGAUUGCUAACAACUUCUAUCGCGGGCGCUGCAAGCGGGCUUGGGCCGACACUUCUCGAGCCGACACCUUCGGGCACUUCUUCCACAACAACUGCGGCGGCACGCCAGUCAGUCUUUCGCUUGCUUGGUAUCACCUCGUUGUUAGCCUAUGCCAUGCAUUUUCAAACGAUCCUACACUCGAAGAUUAUCUUCUACUCCAUCGAGUUGAGCACAGCGCCACCCAUCGACCAAAGAAGGCGCUGCGCUUCUCAAGAAUUGCAGUGAAGUGCCAGCAGAGGGACCGCUUCUGUAGUGGAGCAGCGUUGCCAUCCACUCUCUGUGGGGCUAUAAUAAAUAUGAGGUGGUGUGAGGAAUAUGGAAAGGGUGUAAUGGUGCGAGCUGUAACGUUCGCAAAUGGCAUUCUGUGCUUAAAAUCAGACAUCAUGUCGGGGUUGGAAGUUAAAGGUCGGUGGGCCGGUUGGCCUGGGCCAGACGGUAAAACCACGAACGAGGUAGUGCAGGGAGACAUGGAUUGGGUCUCUUUUGAAAUCAAAGAAGCGCAGAGCGAAAUUGGUUUUUAAGAAAGGCUAAGGAACAUGGAUGAAAAGAUAUGGCCGUCUAAAGUGCACAAAUAUCUGUGCCUCAAAUGCAUAGGCACGGAAGAGAGGAGGAAGUCAAGAAAGUUGGCAACCAGAUACAUGGUAAUUCAAAGUGUGAAUAGGCAGCCAGAACUGGUACAAAUGAAAUGAGAGAAACAGAGGCAGUAAAUUGGAGACAAAUUAUAGAAAUAAACAAAGCCAUGGAGAUUUACAAAAGGUGGCAAGAAAGAAAUCAGGAGGGAAAAUUUCUGUGUUAACGCAAAGGGGAGUGUCUUGCUAUUUGAGAGCGAGCUGGCUGCCUGAGAACAAAAACAUACCAGAGAAAGUAUUCGCAACAGGAUGAUUCAUUUGUGUGCUGCAGCGAAACGUUCGGAGACAACUCGGCACAUCCUUAUAGAAUGCGAAGGUAUUCACCCAGCGAGAACUAUAGGAAACGUGCGCCUUCCAGAAGCGCUGGGAUUUAAAGCGGGUGGAAGCAUUAACCGGUCAGCAGUCGAGAUAUUGGGGUAUUAGUGGGAAACAAGCACAAAAGAAACUGAUUGUACCAGAUUCGUUGCAGGCAUUGGUAACGGUACAAUGUACAUACAGAGAUUUUAAGGGAGCGAGAAACAUUUAAGGCGAAAGAAAAGAUUAGGGAAACAUACAGAAUGCUAAACUAAAGAUAUCUAUAUACUGAUUAGCUCAAGCAGGUGACUAUUUGUCGCCAUCCCGUUUUGUAGGGGAAUCCCAAUAAGUCAUCAUCAUUCAGUUGAGAUAUACAUAGUGUUCGAGUGAAGGAGCGUUCUAGAACAUCGGUUUUACCCCCGUAUUCUAAAACUUUCCUUCGCUAACACUCCACCUCGACUCAAGGAAGCGGAUGGCAGCGCCCUUUCUCAAAAGCCGUGGUCAGUGCACUUCAUUGACACUGCGCGGCUAUUCUUAUUAAGUGUAGCGUCAUAUUCAGUCGAGGGACGGCACUGUGAUCAACCCGGUGGAGUGGCGGAAAAACUACGAGUCGAGUAUCGUCUGAGAAUAAAGGUGUUAAACUGGCUCCUACAUUGGCCCCAUGAGUCAUUGCUGCCUUUAGCGGUCGCAUUUCGUGAGCCGCCAUAGCGCAGGCUGGAACGUUAGCUUUCAUACGGUAACGUGCCAGGUCUGAUACACACUUAGGCACUUUCUUUUCCCCAAACAGCUCUAUUUCAUUUUAUCGAUAUCGUGACGACGUGACGAUGAUCCCUUCUUGCUGUGGACGAGACACAGCUGGAGAUCUUUGGUAGGGAAUGCGGCAAUAACAGCUGAUCGCAGUACAAAAACACAAUGAUUAUUUUUGUCUUCUCCAGUGCUUUUUUACGUGCUCUGAGCUUCUAGUCAUUGUUCUCUGAAACAAUAAAAUGUGAUAGAUAAGCAUAA